AUGGCGAGGCAGAACUUCGUGGGGCUUGUGAUCAGCCAUGGGAAGAUGCAGAAGACGGUGAAGGUACGGGUGGAGACCAAAGUGUUCAACAAGCGGCUGAAUAAAGAGAUGAUGCACCGCAAGGACUAUCUAGUGCACGAUGAGGGCGAGAGCGCAAGGGAGGGCGAUGUUGUGCGGAUCGAGGCGACACGGCCUCUUUCGCGGCGCAAGUACUUCUCAGUAGCGGAAAUCCUGAAGAACCAGGGUCAGCGGCAGGUGGAGUUCCAAGCGGAUGCGAAGCGGGCGGUGCGGGCCGAUGAGGCAGCGCGGGCGCAGGCGUUCCUGGAACGGAGGGAACAGCGGACGACAGCAGGGACCACCUUGGUGGCAGACGUGGCAGCGCUGCAGGAGGCAUACACGCAGGGCACGCUGGACAGCCCGGAAGUCGCGGCGAUCCGGGAGCGCUACGGCGUGAGCGAGUUCACGCCUGACACGCUGCAGAAGCUACUGGAGCUGGACGUGACCGCCAUGGAGCAGGAGGUGAUGCGGCAGCGCACACGCCUGGAAGACGUGCUGAGUAGGCUGGAGGCAUACAUGCAGGACCAGGCCGCGGCAGAUGCCUACCUGCGGUCCAAAAACGUGGAGGCUCCGGAGGAGCUGAAGAAACACACGCGCAAGAACCUGCUGCGCAAGCAUAUCACGGCGGAUCUCCUCAACUAG